CUAAAAAAUCGGGUCAGGUUUAGGAACACGGUUUCUUUCUCGUGGAAUAUAUAUAGCUUCCUAAAAUCCUUAAAUUUAUACAUUUUAUAUGUGUGGCCCGAGAGCUUUUUGUCUAAAUCCCAGACGAGAAGGGUGAAAUUCGUUGCGACCCAAACCUAGAAACUCCCCAGAUUAUCUAUCUCCUCUAUUCGAUUAGAGAUUCUCACGAGAUUUCGUCGUCCCCAAUUUCCGUUUAGGGAGGAACUUAUACUCUUCGCCGGAGAAUCAAAUCGUCGUGUAUUAUUUGCCCGAGAUCAGCUCCGUCUACCGUAUUCAGUCUACAACGAUCGCCGGGUGUUCAAAGGCCGAGGCUUUCUGCUCUUCUCUCGAUUCAAUUCGUUGUAUUAACAGUCGCUCGGAUUAGGGUUUUAAGGGUUGUUCCCUGAGAAGAGCCCUCCGACUCGUCGGCUACUUUUGUAUGAUUCCAUAGUGUUGUGCUUUAUUUUUGCUUUCUUUUAAUUUAGCAAAGCCUUCGCUUUUUGUAUUCUGUAUGAUCAACAAUUUCUCCAUAGUAAUCUUCUUCGAGUUUUCGUUUUUUAGCUUUACAUUAUUCGAAUUAUUCAGGCAAAGAAUCGUUGAGAAAAAAAAAAGGAUGAACUUUUUUCUUACACUCGUAGAAUCUGGUUGAAACAUUGAGAAAAAAAAAGUUCGCAAAGAAAAAAUAGUAGAGUGAAAAAAAAAAAAACAGAGAGGAUAAGAACAAAGUAAGAUCGAUGGCUAGUGUCCAGCAAAAUGGGCAAAGGUAUGGCAUUACAGAACCCAUCUCUUUGGGAGGACCAACAGAGCUUGAUGUGAUUAAGACAAGAGAGCUCGAGAAGCACUUGCAAGAUGUUGGAUUGUACGAGAGUAAGGAGGAAGCUGUUAAAAGGGAGGAGGUUCUCGGGAGACUAGAUCAGAUUGUAAAAACAUGGAUCAAAACAAUCAGCCGCGCCAAAGGAUUGAAUGAUCAGCUACUUCAUGAGGCCAAUGCGAAGAUAUUUACUUUCGGUUCUUAUCGUCUAGGGGUACAUGGACCUGGUGCUGAUAUAGACACUUUAUGUGUGGGGCCUAGACAUGCAACUAGAGAUGGUGAUUUCUUUGGUGAGCUACAAAGAAUGCUGUCGGAAGCGCCUGAAGUAACUGAACUGCACCCUGUACCUGAUGCUCACGUUCCAUUGAUGGGAUUCAAACUUAAUGGAGUUUCUAUAGAUCUCCUUUAUGCACAACUUCCACUCUGGGUUAUCCCUGAGGACUUAGAUAUAUCGCAGGAUUCCAUUCUACAGAAUGCUGAUGAGCAAACUGUUCGAAGCCUCAACGGUUGUAGAGUUACUGACCAGAUCUUGCGUCUGGUUCCUAACAUUGAGAAUUUCAGGACAACGUUAAGAUGCAUGCGGUUUUGGGCCAAGCGACGUGGAGUAUACUCUAAUGUCUCCGGAUUUCUUGGUGGUAUAAAUUGGGCAUUGCUGGUAGCUCGGAUAUGUCAACUUUAUCCUAACGCCCUCCCAAAUAUGUUAGCGUCACGGUUCUUUAGGGUCUACACUCAAUGGCGUUGGCCGAAUCCUGUCCUCCUUUGUUCUAUGGAUGAAGGAUCCCUCGGCCUUCAAGUUUGGGAUCCUAGAAGAAACCCGAAGGACCGGUUGCACAUGAUGCCCAUCAUUACUCCCGCUUAUCCUUGUAUGAACUCCAGUUAUAAUGUCUCUGCAAGUACAUUGCGGAUUAUGACAGGAGAGUUUCAGAGAGGCAAAGAAAUAUGUGAGGCUAUGGAAGCAAACCAAGCAGACUGGGAUACCCUUUUUGAGCCAUUUGCAUUCUUUGAAGCGUACAAAAACUAUCUUCAGAUUGACAUCUCUGCUGCAAAUGUCGAUGAUCUAAGAAAAUGGAAAGGAUGGGUUGAGUCACGUCUCAGACAGCUCACACUAAAGAUUGAGAGGCAUACUUUUGACAUGCUUCAAUGCCACCCUCAUCCACAUGAUUUCCAAGAUGCAUCCCGACCACUCCAUUGUUCUUACUUCAUGGGUCUGCAACGUAAUCAAGGAGUUCCAGCAGCAGAAGGCGAGCAAUUCGAUAUCAGAAGAACCGUCGAGGAGUUUAAACACACUGUUAACGGUUACAUGUUGUGGAUUCCCGGGAUGGAGAUUAGUGUCAGCCAUAUCAAGCGAAGAAGCAUACCGAGCUUUGUGUUUCCUGGUGGAAUUAAACCUUCACAUGCCUCUAAAGGAACAUGGGACAGCAAACGCCGUUCAGAGCAUAGAAUCUCUUCUACGGCAAGUGCAGCUACUACUACUACUAAUGAAGCGAGUUCUGAAAGUAAAGCUGGUUCUAACAGUCCAGGAGAUGGGAGGAAGAGAAAAUGGGGAGAUGAUGAAACUCUCACCGAUCAGCUACGGAACUCUAAACACGUUGCUGUUACAGUGCCUGUAGACAAUGGUGAAGGCGGGAGCCCGAAUCCAUCUGUUGGAUCCAUUUGUUCAAGUCCUCUGAAAGAUUAUUGUACAAACGGUAUAUCUGAUACCAUCAGUAAGGAUCCACCAGAGAUUGAUGUUUCUUUCAGUAGGGACGCACAAGAGAGUCAUCCAAUAGAGAAGAUAAGCACUCCUCUAGCUCCGAGUCAAGAAACAGAGGAGCUUGAAGACAGUUUUGAUUUUAGGAAUCAAGUGAUUGAGCAGAUUUCAAAUAAAGACGGAAUCUCGGUGGGCACUGCAACUAUACCACCGUUCGAGGCCAAUACUUUAAAUGGCUCACCAUUCUACAAUGAAGCAGUGGAAGAGCUUGAGGUUGUUCCAAUGCGGCAGCCCGAGGUGACGCAUAGAGCUUCAGUGCAACAGCGAAAACCGAUAAUCAAAUUGAGCUUCACGUCUCUAGGCAAAACCAACGGCAAGUAAUAAUGGGUCUUCCUUACAUUUCCAAGAAUCUCAGAGCUUAUCGAAAUUCGAGAUAUGUUACGUUGAAGGCCUCUUUUUUUGCUUUAUUAUGUAAAAUAAGGAUUUUAUAUGUUGCGACUUUCACUCAAUGUAAACUCUUUUUGGAUAAGAAUGAUAAUAAGAUUUAUCUGCAAGAGAUUGAGUUUCUUGUUAACAAAA